CUACCCCUCUCUCCGAGGCGCCUGCUCUGGGGAGUGAGCCGAGCCGCGCCGCUUAGCCUAGCGACGGGGCAGCGGUGUGCCGAUCCUGUUCCUGUCGCCGCCGUCUCGCGUGCCGUGACCCGCGCGACCCCAGACCCCGACUCGCUUUGGCUCGGCCCGCGCGCCCCAGACCGGACCCGGGCGGCGCGACGGGAGGAUGAGCGGCGGGCGGCGGAAGGAGGAGCCGCCUCAGCCGCAGCUGGCCAACGGGGCCCUCAAAAUCUCUGUUUGGAGUAAGGUGCUGCGCAGCGACGCGGCCUGGGAGGACAAGGAUGAAUUUUUAGAUGUGAUCUACUGGUUCCGACAGAUCAUCGCUGUGGUCCUGGGUGUCAUUUGGGGAGUUUUGCCAUUGCGAGGUUUUUUAGGAAUAGCAGGAUUCUGCCUGAUCAAUGCAGGAGUCCUGUACCUCUACUUCAGCAACUACCUACAGAUUGAUGAGGAAGAGUAUGGCGGCACGUGGGAACUCACAAAAGAAGGGUUUAUGACAUCUUUUGCUUUGUUCAUGGUCAUUUGGAUCAUCUUUUACACUGCCAUCCACUAUGACUGAUAGUGGACAGCUCCCACCUGGUUUCUGUCCAGUCCAAAGGACCCUCUUAAUUACAGCACAGAAAAAUGAUUAUUGGGGCACCCCAGCCACAUGGAACCUGGAAGACCCAUGUUUCCUGGACCAAGAAUUAGAAUGUUGGGCAUCACGUGUUUUCUGCAAGGGCCAUGACCCGAAACUUUCUAAAGAAUCAUCCGCUUUGAGGAAAGCAUUUCUGAAUUUAUCCAUCACCACCUGUUUUUUGGAUACCAUCAUGUAACAGCUAUUUGCAAGUGAACCUGUCAUUUAAUUUGAUGCACCUCUGGAUGAAACAUUAAAUUGUCUUCCUUAGUUCUCUA